UUUUUUUCAUUUUAGUUCACUAGAUUCAUCAUCUACUACCGCUCCGGAUCGGAUUCCAUACUUAACUUAUUGCGCUUCAACGAUGCCUGAUCUGGCAAAUCUGCUGAAUUCUUCUUCUCCAGAUCUUUCUACUUCUCACCACUGUAUAAAGCCUUUCAGUAGCCGCCGACGCGAAUCGGACAGUUCCCUUUUGCCUAAUUCAGCUGGAGAUGGAGAAGGACCUGAUUACCGUGUCUGCAAUGGGAACCAGAGCUUACAGCUUUCCGUGGAGAAAAAAGAGGAAACUUCAAAUGGAAUUAGGGUUUAUCGGCGGAGGCUGGGUUUGGGUGCGCGAAACAAGAUUUCAAUUGUAAAUAAGAAACUUGAUGCUUAUGUGCAGACAUGGGUUUCAAGGAGGAUAGGAUUGGGUAUUCCUAAACACAGAUGCUUCUUACCAUUCCUUUCGGGCGCCCCAACAUUACAUGUUUGUCGACUUUGUGACAAUCUAAUUUACCCUGGAGAGCAAACAUUAUGUUCUGUCAAGAGUUGUAAAACAGUUUUCCACUCAAGGUGUGCAGUGACAAAGCUUGGGUUAUCUUCAUCAAGGAAAUUCAAGUGCCCCCAACAUACAUGUUUCCUGUGCAAAAGGAAACCCGAUUGGCAUUGUGUUAAGUGUACUUUAGCAUCACACAAAGAAUGUGCUCCAUUUCCAGAACAUGUCAUCCAUUUGAAAGAUCAACCGGGGCAAGCUAUUUGUUGGAGACAUCAUAUUGAUCAUCAAGUGGGGAAGAAUCACACUAAGGCACAGACUGAAAUAGAGAGGGUGUUUGGAUGCUUGCCUCUACCCCAUUGUGAGCAAGACUUCCAUUUUGAUAUUUCCUUGAAAGAAGUAACAGUGGAGAAGCAUGAGCCCCCUCAUUAUGUCCACAUCAGACGCAAUAUCUAUCUUACUAAGAAAAAACGUCCGGUAGUUGAUGAUGACAUUGGAUGCAUGAAUUGCACUUCUACAGGUUGCACUGUUAAUUGUGAAUGCAAAGUUCAAUAUAUAAGCUGCUCAAAGGCUUGUCGAUGCUCAGAGAACUGCAACAACAGACCAUUUCAGAAAGAAAGGAAGGUCAAAGUGGUCAAGACAGAAAAUUGUGGAUGGGGAGUAAAUGCAGCUGAAUCCAUCAAGAAAGGUGACUUUGUCAUUGAGUACAUAGGGGAAGUUAUUGAUGAUGCCAUGUGCGAACAAAGGCUGUGGGACAUGAAAUAUGCCGGUGUUAAGAAUUUCUACAUGUGUGAAAUUAGUAAAGACUUCACAAUUGAUGCAACUUUCAAGGGCAAUGCCUCCCGAUUUAUAAACCAUAGCUGUGAUCCAAAUUGUAGCAUGGAAAAAUGGCAAGCUGAUGGAGAAACGCGCAUUGGUGUCUUUGCUGCUCAGGCUAUUCAAUCUGGUGCCCCGCUGACAUAUGAUUAUAGAUUUGUACAAUUUGGUUCUGAGGUUGAGUGCCAUUGUGGAGCUUCAAAGUGUCAAGGAUAUCUUGGCUCAAAAAAGAAGGUUGGUAAUGGAGGUGGCAGUGGUAGCGGUAGCGGUAGUGGUGGUAAUAUUGAUAUUUGCUGGGGUUUGAAGCGCAAGAGAACUUCACCAUGCAUAUCAAUGUAACAGAUAUAUUUCUUCUAGUUAAUAAACAAAGGGAAAAUCUCACCUCAUCAUAAUAUUGUUGUUUACAUUUUUUACCCAUUUUCUUUCAACUUAAUUCCGAGCACAUUUGCUUACUAUUAAUCCUGUAAGGGUAUUGCUAACUUUGUUGUAAUUCAUAUUUUUCUCUCUUCAAUAAAAGAACAUCUUUGG